CUUCCGCUUCCGUGGUCCCGUCGGUCCCAGGCUCCCUCCGCUUCCGCUCUUGCGCACCAGGCGGCUGCCUCGGUGGGCGGCAUGGCGUCCUCUCGCUUGCCUCCCACGGCGCUGACGCUGAAGCAGUUCAUGAGAAGGCAACAAGUCCUCCUCCUCUACAGAAAGAUUUUGCGAGCGAUUAGGCAAGUUCCGAGCGAUGCUGACCGGAAGUACCUUCAGGACUGGGCCAGGGAAGAAUUCAAAAGAAACAAAAGUGCCACAGAAGAGGAUACAAUCCGUAUGAUGAUUACUCAAGGCAAUAUGCAGCUAAAGGAAUUAGAAAGGACAUUGGCUUUAGCAAAAUCUUAACUGAAAGGUUUUCAGAUCUCCAUGCGUUUUGCACAGGCUCAGAGCUACCGUCACAAAGCACCAGGGGCACAUGGAAAGAUGAUCACACUAAUCACGAAUGCUCAUCAAGGCGUUAAUUUCCACUGCAGUGGCUGCGAUUACAAAGUGAACUGAUGUGAAGAUGGAAGCUUGGAACCAUGCAUUGCGCAGGUGAAGGUAGACUAUCAGCAGCCACUUUGGAAAACAGACUGUUAGUUCUUGAAAAGGUAACAAGAUGGGGUUGUAACAAACGGGUCCACGGCCAAGAACCUGAGUUGGACCCCUGGGACCCACAUGGUGGAAGGAGAAAACCACCACAGAAAGUUGCCCUCUGACCUCCACACAGGCAGUGUGGCACAUAAACAAAAACCAAAAAAAAAGGUGACAUAGAGUUACUUCAAACUUCAAGUGUUAGCUUUAACCAAGAGAACUGGAACUGAAGCCAUGCCUAUAGAAAGUGUAUACAGCCGGGCGGUGGUGGCGCACGCCUUUAAUCCCAGCACUCGGGAGGCAGAGCCGGGCGGAUCUCUGUGAGUUCGAGGCCAGCCUGGGCUACCAAGUGAGUUCCAGGAGAGGCGCAAAGCUACACAGAGAAACCCUGUCUCAAAAAACAAAACAAAAAAAAAAAAAAAGAAAGUGUAUACAGAGUUCAGCAUUUUUUUGUUUUUGAGAUAGGCCAGGCUGGCUUCAAACCCAGAGAUCCACCUGCCUCUGCUUCUUGAGUGCUUGGAUUAAAGGUGUGUGCCACCAUGACUACAUGAGCUCAGCAUUCUUCAUGAUAACCAGAUACUGGAUUCAGAAUAUCCAUUAACUGGUACUUGGGUAUAUCAAAUGUAGUGUGUUGUACAAUAAAAUAUUAUUUGCAAUAAAAAUGAGUGAAGAACUGUCUCAUGUUCCCCAUGGGUGACCUUGAUAACACUGUUAAGUUAGAGGAACUAACUAUAAGGCCUCUGCUUCUGCUUGCAGUGGGUAUUGCCUUAGGCUGUGGAUAGGACAGAGCUGCUUGGAGGGACUUGGAGGAUAACAGAGUUAGAGUGUGUCGGCUUUACAACUCUGAACAUUCUAAGAAUAUACUGACGUCCAUUUGAGUGAGAGAAUGUGAUCAAGUUCACAGACACCCUUAGUAUAAAACUGGAGGAUGCCUUGUAAUUCACAGUGUACAUUUCUCCACUUGCUACAGGAAACUCUAAUGAAAAUGUUUACAACAGACACAAUUGUGUCCAAAUUUUAAAUCAGCUAGAGUCAGAUCUGUAGAUCUGCUUUGAAGGUAAGGUUUACAGUCCAGAGGAGAUAAAUGUUUUUGGUUAGAAACAAGAGAGCUUUGUACCUUUUUCAAUAAACAGUUUUUAAUGACAAGA